CAAACUGUAGCAAAAGCCGGCGCACAUAAUUAAUAUGUACGAGAAAACAUUAACAAUAGGAAAUGCAAAAGUUAAUAAUGCAUAUGAGUGGCAAAAAGUGAGUUACAACAAAAGCACAGCAACGGCCAAACCAAAGCAAAACAAUCCAAAAGCAAGCAAAAGCAGUGAAAAAACUGCACCCAAAACAAAUGCAACAACAAAAAUAGCAGCAAUUACAACAACAGCCAAAGAAACGGCCACCGUUAAACCAACAACGCAGCAACCAUCACAAAAUCAAAAGUACAAAUACUUUGGCAGUGCGGCGCGCCGGCUGGCCCAUCAAAUAAAGCGGGCGCAUCGGCAUUUAUUGACUAGCGGCGGCAACGACAAACAACCACAACAAAAGCGACACAAACAACAACAACAGAAACAGCAGCCGCGUAACAAACGCGCAUGCAAUAAACAAUUGUUAAAAAGUGAAAAACCAAAACCAAAAACAGGCAAACAUCAGCGUCAGCGUGGCAGCGGCAGCGGCAGGCACAGUCGCAGUGACGGGGCACUAUCGGGGCAGUCUUCGCGUUGGUGCUCCAUCGAGGCGCAGCUGAAUGUGCUGGACGAUCUGCUAUACUACGAUGAGGAGGCCGAACUGUAUUUAGCCCAGAUCUACGAAAGGUACCAACAGCUCAUCUGCGAUCAGAGCUCCAACAGUGAGUACGAGUCGGGAUCGACGGACUUCUGGAGCGACGCCUCCGACUCUGACGACAAUAUGUCGCACAACAACAGUGCCGACGACGAUGGCCUGUCGAGCACCAGUGGGACGGGCAGCAACAGCACCCACAGCCUCUCUUCACCGUUGGUGCCAGCCGCCCUGAAACGUCGUGGCCAUCAGCAUCAUCCACGCUUCUCGGGCACACGUCGGCCCAAUGUGCCCAAUGUCCAGGAGAUACUGGCCGCUCUCUAUCGCGGCGACUCCAAGGGCGUGCUCUCCAAUCUGCGUGGCGAGGUUCAGCCAGAGCCGGAGCCGGAGCCCGAGAUUGAUACACCCGUGGAGACGCCUUCCACACCGAUUAGCCGCAGCACCCUUAGUCUUCCACUCACCGAUUCGGUGACCAAUUCCCUGGGCAGCAACAGUCCCACGCCCACGGAUGAGAGCAGCGUUCAAGAUGAUAGUGCGGCCACGCCCACAGCGGGCAACACUGCAACAACAACAACAGCAACGCCUUCAGACUUGCCCUUACCACCCAACGGGAAGGAAGGCAAACCGUCCAGUGGCAAGAAAAAGAAGCGGGACAGAGGCGAAAAGUCCGAGAAGCGGGACAGGGGCGACAGGUCUGAGAAGAGUGAUAGAGGCGACAGGUCGGAGAAGAGUGACAAAGGUGAAAAAUCAGAGCGCAAGAAGAAGUCUUCCUCCUCGUCGUCGUCGGGGAAGCGAGAGCGCAGCAAGCGUCAUGGACAUGGCACGAGUGCAAUGGAGGCCAGCAGUGAUAGCCUGGCCACCGAUCUCAGUGCCAGCGCCAUUGACGAGGGCAUAGCACUGGGCGAUGACGACGACAACCAGUCUGCGGAGUGGUCCAAAUUGCGAUGCACCAGCGAGGCGGCCGAGAUUGUGGCAGAGCGAGAGGCACGCCGCAACAAGGGACGGUGUGCGGACUAUCCGGGCCUGGCCUUUGGACGCUCCAUCUUCAGUUCGGACACCAUGAUGAAGUUCAAUAUCAUUCGGAACGAGCUGCACAACAUCAUGAAUACACAACUAAAAAGGGCCGAAUCUGAGGUUGCUGCUCUGAACCGUCGCAUUCAGUUGCUCGAAGAAGACUUGGAACGCUCGGAGGAGCGUCUGGGUUCCGCCACAGCCAAGCUGUCGGAAGCCUCUCAGGCCGCCGAUGAGAGCGAACGGAUACGAAAAGCGCUUGAGAAUCGCACAAAUAUGGAAGAUGACAAAGUGGCUCUCUUGGAGAACCAAUUAGCACAAGCAAAAUUAAUUGCAGAAGAAGCCGAUAAGAAAUACGAAGAGGUUGCAAGAAAACUUGUGCUCAUGGAACAGGAUCUGGAGCGUUCCGAGGAAAAAGUUGAGCUCAGCGAAAGCAAAAUUGUGGAGCUUGAGGAGGAGCUGCGCGUGGUUGGCAACAACCUGAAGUCCCUGGAAGUGUCUGAGGAGAAGGCCAACCAACGUGAGGAAGAAUACAAGAACCAAAUCAAGACCCUGAACACUCGUCUAAAGGAGGCUGAGGCUCGCGCUGAGUUCGCUGAACGUUCCGUUCAGAAAUUGCAGAAGGAAGUCGACAGGCUCGAAGAUGACUUGCUGAAUGAGCGCGGAAAGAACAAACUGCUGCAGGAGGAAAUGGAGAACACUUUACAUGACAUACAGAACAUGUAAAAAACCAUCUAAUUUGCUUGUGUAAAUUAACUAAACUGCCUUCUUGACGUCAAAACUAUAUACACACACACACACACCACCAACAACCAACAACCAGCACCACCACCACACACAGAACUGGCGCUUUCCAUAUUUAAAUACUAGAAGAAAAGAAUAAACAAAAAAACAACACACAUUUACAUCUACACCACUGAGACAGGCAACGCACCGCAACCAGGACGCCAAGUGUCUUCCAUUGCAGAGUUGACGCCAUCUUUCCGAAGAACUCUGGACAAAAAAAAAACGCUAAGCAAACAAAAAAAAAAACAAAAAAAAAAAAAACGAAAGAAAAGAAAAAAUGACGAAAAUAUAUUAAAAGAAAGAUAGCGUAGCGUUAAAUAUUUAACAUAAACUCAAAGAAAAAGCAGUUACGAAAGAAGCAAAAAACAAGACAUUCUACCCCGUAGAGUAGCAGGCGCAUUCCAAUCGUAUAGAUUCCAAAAUGACGCUGUGGCUGGCAGCUAGCGUUCCAGUGUGCACACAUCAUUGGUGCACACAUUCCAAUCAAAAUUGAUCAAGAUGCCUUUACAACACUGUUGCAAUAUAUAUAAAACCCCCCUCCCCUUCGCUAUGUCCCUUAGUUAACUUCGACAAGCGAAAUAAACGUAGAUGUUUUUCUACCCAUUAUUUUAAAACUUGCUUUUGCUACCCUACCUACCCUAGCCCUUUUUUUUACAUUGUUUUUGUUUGUGUAUUACGAUGACAACUUGGACAAACAAAAUGCAUUGCCGCCUUCUUCUUAGUUUAUGUGUAUUUUAUUUUUAUUUUAAAUAGAGAGACAAACAAAACGCUGUUAUUUAUAUUUAAAGAAAGUGAAGUACAUUCUAUAUGCUAAAAAAAGAAAAGAAAAGAAAAAAAAGGAAAGAAACUUUGUAUUUUUGUCGCCAGCGCUUAACUGUAUUAAUAUAUAUGCUAAUGUGUUUAUACAUUAUUUAAACAAAUUUUUGUAAUGUUUGCAAAACGUUGUGUAAUAUUUGCCUACUUUUAAGUUUGCCGCCACGCCUACCACAAACACACACAAACACACCACACCCACCCACACACUACUAUAAUUACAAUUAAAAUUAUUUUGACAAAAAAAAAAGGAAAUUUAACAACAAAAAACAAAACAAAACUUUAAGCGAGACAAAACACACACAAAAUGCACAUCCAUUCCAAUUGCAAUUGCGUUUGCCGAUUUUCCGGUAGCGCCUUUCUUUUAUUUGAAAAAUAAAAACAAACAACAAAAAAAAAAAAAAACAAACCAAUUUCAACAAAUUCUACCGAUUCUUCUGAAUAUCAUCCCCAACAUACGAACUGGGAAUGGAAUAAAUGGGGGCCCCACAAAGAUGGCAAUAAACAAAAAUAAAAACA